AUGCCCCAGCGGGUGCCCCCGGCCUGGCACUCGGACAUGCCGCUGCCCGGGAAGCUGCUGCUGUCGGCGGCCGCGCUGCUGCUCCUGUCCCUGGCCUUCAGGUUUUAUAGGAACCGCUCGCCUCCCCCGGGAAAAAUCCCGCCGGGAGAGCAGCGGGAAAACCGGGAUGGGGAUGGGGCUCUGAGGAGGAGGGAUGGGGACAAAUCUGGGAAUGGCCCCGGGGUUCAGCACGCGGCUCUCCGGGAGGAGCAGAGCUUUGCAAGGAAUGAGGAGGAGGAGGAGGAAGGAGAGGAGGUGGGUUCGGAGCUGAUUCCCAGGAAAGCCCAGCUCGGUCCGGCCAGGAUGGAAAGGGAGUUGGGAAGGGAACUGGGAUGGAAGUUGGGAAUUAAAUCAGAAAGUGAAGCAGGGGUUGAGCUGGGGAGUGAUCCUGGGAGCAGGACGGGAAGCGAGCUGGGAAAAGAGCCGGGAAGCAAGCCGGGAAGUCAGCCAGGAAGCAAGUUGGGAAGCAGGCUGGGAAUGAAGCCGGGAAACAAUCCAGGAAGAAAGCCAGGAGGUGAGCCAGGAAGCAAAUUGCUAACAAAGCCAAUAAACGAGUCGGGAAGUGAGAAGACAAACGAGCUGGGAAAGAAAUUGGGAAUUAAGUCAGGAAUCGAGCUGGGAAAAAGCAAGCAGGGAAGUGAGCCGGGAAGCAAGGCAGAAAUUUUGCUGGGAAGUGAGCCGGGAAUUUUGCUGGGAAGCGAUCUUGGAAGCAAGGCAGGAGCCGAGGUGGGAAGUGAGGCGGGAAUGUCGCUGCGGAGCGAGCUGGGCUCUCACGACCCCGGGACCGCGGCCGGAGCCCGGGGCAGCCCCGCAGGGAGGGACGCGGCUGCUCCGAGCUCCGGGCGUUCCCCAGGGAUUCCCAGCGCCCGGACAGAGGGGGAUGGAUGCGCCCAGAGCACGGAGCGGGAUCCGGCUGGAGCAGGGAGGAGCAGGGAGGGCAGCGCGGGGGCAGUCCGGACCCUCAGCGUCACCUCCAGCCUGGGGCUGCUGCUGACUGCGAGCGAGGCGGGCUCGGACACCUCGUACUGCUUCUCCUCGGUGGCCAAGAUCCAGGUGGAGGAGAACUUCAUCCCGGAGCGCCGGGACAAGGACAGCCCGCCCAGGCCUGGCCUGAAGGGCAAAGUCUACGACUACUUUGUGCAGUCCACCUCCGAGUCGGUGUCCAGGCGGACAUCCCUGCCCUUCGUCCCUGCGGGGACAUCCCAGGGUCACAGGGAGCGGGACCGGGCAGAGCUGCAGAGCUCCGGAACCCAGGGGGAGAAUCCAGCUUUGGAAAUUCCUGAUCCCGACACCACCUCAGCUCCACAGGAGGGCACGGAGAACCCUCCAGAGCCGCCCUCUCCCGGCUGGAAGAGCAGCAGCCCCCAGCUCCCACUGCCCGGUGGGGCUCCAGCUGCGGGUCCUGAGCCGUCCCAGGUGUCACUGCCCGGCCAGGUGCACCUGGGGAACUGCUCCGAGGUUCUGCGCGCGGCCAAGGCGCGGCAGCUGCGGGCCCUGCAGGACGCUGCCCUCCAGGUGAUGAGCGCCCACCUCCUGCAGGUGCUUUGCUCCCCGGCCAUCUACGGCCGCCUCAACGCCGCCGAGCGGGAGCUGCUCCCAGCGCUCCGGAGCCGCGGGCGGCCGCGCCUGGUGGUGGCCGAUGUCCCCCCGGCCGAGCCCGGCCACCGCCGCUGCCGCCUCUGCUACUACGACGAAGGACGGGGGCGCUGGUGCCAGCUGUGCCAGCUGCCGGCCGAGUGGCGGGGCGGGGGCUGUGCCGUGUGCUCCAUGUUCAAUUACCUGUUCCUGGUGCCCGGCUGGGAGGCAGGCCGGGCGCGGAGCCCCUCGCGCCGCGUGCUCUGCUCCCCUGGCGACCCCGCUGAAGACAGCUGGCGCGACAGCUGUCCCCUGGGCGGCCCCUGCGCCAGCGGCAGCGCUGCCAGCUCGGUGGCCCUACCCGGCGCACCUCCGCCGCCUGCCAGGGACACGCGGGCCACGUGCUUGGCCACCGUGGCGGGCGUCGACCCCCGCCCACCGCUGGGCCUUCGAGCCGCCCGCCACAGCCCAGGGACACCAUCACGCCGGCUGGGCGCCCAGGCACCCUCGGGCAUCGUCACCGGGGGCCGUGCGCGCGCUGCGCUCUUACGCUGGCAGCCCCGAGACAGCUGGGCCGCGCGCCCCUGUGAAGGGUUCCUCCCGCUCGGCACCCGCGGUGGGGCCCCGGCCUUCGAGUUCCUGUCGUCGUGGAGGGGCGCGCCCGGGGUCAAACCCUUGAUCCGCCGUUUCCCAUCUCCGGGCUGGAGGAAGGAUCACCCUGAUCUGCGCCCACACCCCGGGGCAAAGGAUCAGCCUGGACCGCCCUUCCUGGUCCCCGGGAUGGAGAAAGAGAUCCUCCUGCCCUUCCCACCAUGGAAGGGAUCAAACGCCGGGCGCUGCCGGGAAUCGCAGCCCGGAGGAGGCUCCGGGAAGAGCCGGGAGGAGCUGGGCGGACUCGUUUGCUCAGGGGAGGUCAAACAGGGCCGUGUUUGCUCGGGCGGCAGCAAAUCCCGGAUCUCCACGGGCUCCAGCUGUCUGGGCGCCCUUCGGGACCUGAUUUAG